UACAGCUCGCUCCACGUCCGGCCGCCAUAGUACUUCGGGGAAUCGAGCCGCGCGCGCGUGUGUAAUUCCUGCUGCUGCUCCGAGUCGCGCUCUCGCCAUCUCUCUCUCUCUCUCUCUCUCACUCUCUCGCUCCCUCUAUCCACUCUGGCCGUCUCUCGUCCUACUACGCGACGACACACUCUGGCCGUGCCGUCCGCAGCGAGGAGCACGUCGAGCCGCGACGAUCUCAUCGACCGACCUGGACCGACCCUUACACGCGUACGUCGCAGCACCGCAGCGGGUCUACGGAGGUCCACGGAGAUAUAAACACCACCCUCGAUAAAACAACCAAAGAUGGAUCUUCAUACGGUACUAGUGUUUGCCGGCAUUGUUGUCAUCUCAGCUGUGUGCAUUGCCUUGUUUUCGUUGUUUGGCAUAAAAGAGAAAUCUUAUGAAGAAGCAAUCGCCGAACAGAGGAAGCUUCCUGACGACCUGUUGUCAAACAAAAAGGAAAAAAAUAAAGAAAAAAAGCACAAGAAUAAGGCAGGAAAGAAGGUGAAAGAGAAGAAAGAGGAGAAAGAUGAUAAGGAUGAAAGAUCGGAGCAUGUUCAAUUUGAAGAUACUCCCCAAAUAUUGCCCCCCGAGCCUCCAGUACAGGAGAGUAACAAAGGCAAUAAGAAGAAAGGAAAACUUGAAAAAAUAAAACCAAUUCUCGUAAAUAAAGACGAGCCAUCAAUCAUUGUGGCUGAAUUAAAUCCCUCACAACCUCCCUUGGCAGAGGUUAACCAUUUUGACCUUAUUCAUCCAAAGGAUGACCUUGAACUCGUACGGAGUCAAAGUAGGGAGAAUCUUCAGCAGAUUAACCAAAUUGAGACGAUGGAGAAAGUCAACAAGUCGCCAAAGGAUACUCCAACCAAAUCGAAGAAAAAUAAUAAGGAUGCUGCGAAGAAGAGAGACGAGAAUGCUAAGGAUGAGAAACAGGACACUGUUACUUAUACUAAUGCCUCAUCUGCCAAUAAAGACGCUAUGAAGGAAGUUUCGAGGGAAGUAAAGGAGCUGAAGGAAAUCUCAAUUAAGGAAGUGAAGGAAGUCGUCAAGGAGGUAGUUCAACAGUUACCAAACAAGGAACCCAAAAAGACGAAAAAAAAGAAUGACAUUUUAUCCCAAAUCGAUGGGGAUGCUAUUAAUGUUGAAUUACUGAUGCUAUGUGUUCAAAAGGCAGAGCUUAGUCGAUCUGAAAUACAGAUCCUUACAAAUCAGCUCUUGAAUAAACAGCAAGACAAUCCGUUGGAGCAUUCAGAGUGGACGGAAGGUCGCGCUGACCCCGUUAUUAAGCUGAAAAAACAAUUGGCGGAAAAAGAGAAAGCAUUGACCGACGAGCAUGAGGCAAGCGUGGCCUUCCAGAACAAGUUGAAAGAGUUGCGAGCUGAAUUUAAUAUGGACAGAUCUAGACUGUUAGCGAGCAUUCGACAACUCGAGGAAUCGUUGAACGCCAAGAUCACGGAGACUCAAACGUUGCACACCCGAAUGCAGCACAUUUUGGAGAGCCACGUCGCGGAGAAGCAAGGCUUCGCUAGGCAGAUCGAACAACUGCAGACCAAAGUGAACGAGGACGCGACUAUUAUUCACAAAUUACAAGAGGAUCAGGGACAGACUCAGGGCCACUUGCAGCAGGAGUUGAUGGCGCAGCGGAAGCAAAUGGAAGUGCAGUUUGCUCAGAUGCGCGACAAUGAGAACGCAUUGAAAUCGCAAUUGGCCCAGAAACACGUGGAGAUGCAGGAGCUGCAGAAUGAGCUGCAAGCGACCUGCGAGAGCAGCACCGCGGAGAUAGAGAUGUUACGUCAGCAAUUGGGAAUAAUGCAAGGCCAAUUGAUGCACUCGGAAGGACAAUUACAGCAUUUCAAGGAGGCAAACGAUCGACUGCAAGAUGUUGCUAGGCAACUCGAGGAAUCUCAUCGUGCGCACGCCGAUUUAGAUCAUAGAUUGAAAAGCGCCCAUCGUCACGAGCAGGAACUGCAGAAGCAAGUGAACUCGCUGCAGGCGGAAUUGAAUCACGCGAAAAACGAAGCCAACGAAACGCCUACCUUGAAGCUAGAACUUAGCAAGACUCAAACGGAAUUAAUGAAAUUGAAGUCAGAGCUGUCAGCCACGAUGAAUGAAGCUAAAUCGGAAGCGGCCGAAAUUAUAGCCUUGAAAAACGCAUUGAGUAACAAAGAGGACGAGCUGAAGAGAUCGCAGGACAAAUUUUAUUCCGUGCAAAACGAUUUGCAGCAAUCCGGCCUGCAAGUUACGCGUAUGGAAUCCGAAUUGAAUUCUGUACAAAAGAAAUUGGAUAUUCUGAACAUCGAUUUUGAAAAGACGGAAUGCAAUUUGAAAGAAGCGAAGAACGACACGAACAAGUAUCAAAAUCAGAUAUUUGCAAUGCAGGAAAAAUUGGCGAACUCACAGAUGGAAUUGGUUAUGGCUCAUGACCAGCUUAGGAAGUCCAAUGAAAGAACGAGUGAGUUUAAAGCUUUGCAAACCGAAUUAAAUAGACUGCAGAGUAAUGAGAAGAAGACGGGAGAGGAGCAGUUUCGAAUUAUAAAACUGCAGGAAGAAAAUGAUAGACUGCGUACUGAGCUUGCGAGUGCUUUGGAGAAACAAAGAGAGCUUCAACAACAGCACGAGAACAAAAUCCAUACGGAUGUAGUAUUAGCCACUGCUGAACCUCAACAUGCCAAUUCAGAGGAGAAAGCUUUACUAGAAAAAUUAAAAAUCGAGUUAACGCACAAGGAAGAGGAGUUUAAUAAGAUAAAUGAACGGUUACACGUAUUAGAAAGUGAUGCGAACAAACACCAAUAUUGUAUUAGACAAUUAGAAGAAGCUUUGGAGGUCCAAAAAUCUAAAAAUAAUGAGCUACGCACAAAGAACUGGAAAGUAAUGGAAGCUCUUUCUGCUGCUGAGUCGCGUGCCAAAUCCAAUGAUGAAAAGAGCGUUACAGAAGUAACACAAAAAAUUAAGGAGGAGCAAGAAGAAACAACUAAAGCCUUUCUUCAGAGGAUAUUUCCAGAGAUCAAAGUCUCCGAGAAGACACACGAACAAUGGCUCAAAUCUUUUGAAGAUAAAAUAUGUACUGUUCUAAGUGAAUUAAAACAGAAAAACACAGAUCAGACAAAUCCAGAUUUGGAGAGACAGAACAAAAACCUGCAAGGCAUGGUUUCACAUUACAAACAAAUUAUCUACGAUACGGAAGGUAUGCUUAAUAAAUUACAAAGUUAUAUAGAAUCCGAAGAAACAAGGUGGCAGUCGCAACUUCGGCAGAAGGAGAAUGAAGUGGCGAACCUUAGAGUAGAACUUAAUGAUAUGCAAGCCAAAUUAAUCUCAAGUGAAGAGUCUAAACAGAGGGCGAAAGAGUUGGAAGCUCGUGCAGGAGAGUACGAUUGUAGUGCAAUAUUACUUAAAUCCGCGCAGAAAGCUGUCGCAUCUGGAGAACUAGAUGGCAACAAGUUUGUUACUUUAGAACAAUUACAAGAGGAGAAGGCCCGAUUGUCGCAGGAAUUAGAAGUAGAAUGUAAUAAGAGGGCGACAUUGGACGCCGAAGUUACGAAAUUGCGUUCUCUUGUUGAAACUAGUGAGGCGAGUUUAGUAUACGAGAAAAAUCUUGUCACGCAACUUCAACAAGAAGUGUCCCAACUCAAGAAUGAAAUUUGUGGCGGCUGUAGCAGUUCAGAGCAAUCUAUAUUAAACGGUCCACCCACAUCGGAUUCUCUUCAAUCCGAGCGUCCUAUAGCGUCUCAGGCUCUGAUAACUGCGUUAGAAAAUACUCUGCUCAAGAAUACGGAGUUUGCAAACUGUUCCAUUACGAAACCUGUCAAUUUGGUCAGUCAGUCUGAACAAGAAAUUGAGAACAACUCCCUUACUACAAAAUACUCCUCCAAAUCUUGUCAUAUGACAGAUCACAACACACAGGCUAAUUGGAACCCAAUGAUUGGCCAGCAACAUAAAAAACACAAGAAAAAGAGGAAGGGUGGUUCAGGAAAAAAAUAACUUCAAAAAAUAAACUACGCUAGUGCAGUGCGAAUACUGGUGGUUAAAAAGAUGGGAUGCGCAAAUGCAAAAAGAAAGCGUACGCAGCAUUGCUAUAUAGGUAUAAAUGGCAUACUUUGCUACUCAGAAGACUAAUAUAAAGUGAAAAUAUUACGGAUAAUGUUUAUUGUAAAAAAAUAUCAUAUUUUAUUAUGUGGAGAAAAAUAUAAAUAAUUAAACUCGUAGCGAUUAUAUGGAAGAAAAUCUUGAAAUACUUGCGUAUGUGAUGGUUAUAUAAUUUAUAAUUAUAAAUAGCUAUGUACACGAUGUAAAGAUUAUCAAAAUUGUGCAUUACCAAAUUAUGGAUUACCGAUAUUAUUUAUAGAAUCUAUGAACUGUAACAAUUAUAAAUUUUAAUUCUGUUAUGAGACUUAAGUGUUAUAGGAACAUAACACUUAAGAGAUGUGUUCUUGUAACGCAAGAAAAAUUGUAUAAUUAAUUAAUUAAUUAAUCAAUGGAUUCCAUGACUUCAUGAUACAUUAUGUGUAUGAUAUUGAUUCUGAUAUUAUUUCCAACAGUCACGCUGUUACUAAUGUUUAACAUCUUUUUUUCUUCUUUUUUUAUCAUUGACGCAUGGACCAGAAAUUAUAUAUAUAUAUAAAUAUACUAUAUAUAUAUGCAUAAUAUGAUAUAAAAUAUGCAUCGCAUUUUUUGUUAUCGAUAGCGAACACAAAUACACCAAAUUUAUAAAAAACGCGAUCUUCAUGUUGUCCCAUUGUAUACAAGUUCAAUUUUGUUAUUCGUUUUACGUGCAAUAAUUAUGAAAGUGAGGCAAGAGUUUUGAACGCGAGCCAGUCUUAUACAAUAUAUACAAAUGUUAUUUGAAAUUUAUUGCGCCCAACAAUUGUACUGAAAGCAAGUACUGCAUACAUGAGACGAAUUUGAAUUUGCGUAUAGUUCACAUAGAAACUUUUAUUAUCAGAUCUAAGAAUAUAUUUAACAAGUUCAAGUUAACAAACAAUUUUAGGGGCAUUUAAAAAUAUUUGAUGCUUGCAAUUAUUUAUAUUCACAUUUAAUUACGCUUCAAACAGAUGUUUAUUAAUUGGACAAGCCAAAAUGUUCCAUAUUGUUAUUCGAGUAGCUUUGCUAUUCUACUCUAGUAGAACUUCUUUAAAGAUGAUUUUUAAAUACUUGCUUGCAUGUAUUAAAUAUUUAAUUAAAAAUACUGUGUUAGACGUUUAAUUGUACACUUAAAAGAGUUCUUUGUUCACCUGUGUAAUCGAUUGGUUGCAUAAAAAAAGGAUAGGAUUAUUGUACUGAGUUUUGUAAGAGGCAUGUAUGUUUAGUACACUGCGUACUUAUUUACCGUUUUGUAUCUAGAAAGCAUAUUCAUAGUUAAUAAAAGUUUACUGUUUUACUUGAUGA